AGAUCAUGGAGCUGAAAUGGCUACUGUAUGUGACCCUGCUAGCUCUGGGGACUCUUGCUGCCCAGGCACAUGAUAUGGAUGAAGACAAUGAUGGUGAUGAUGUGGUUGAUAUCGAGGAUGACUUGGAUGAUGGCAUUGAGGAGGUAGAGGAGUCAAAGUCUGAAACCAGCAGUCCUCCUCCAGCUCCAAAGGUUACCUACAAGCCCCCAGUCCCUACCGGCGAAGUGUAUUUUGCAGAGUCAUUUGACAAAGGAACUCUGGAUGGAUGGAUCCUUUCCAGAGCCAAGAAAGAUGAUACGGAUGAUGAGAUUGCCAAAUAUGAUGGUAAAUGGGAAGUCCAAGAUAUGAAGGACACUAAGCUUCCAGGAGACAAAGGGCUUGUGUUGGUAACCCGAGCCAAACAUCAUGCGAUUUCAUCCAAACUUUCCAAGCCUUUUGUGUUCGAUACCAAACCUCUUAUUAUACAGUAUGAAGUAAACUUCCAAAAUGGAAUAGAGUGUGGUGGGGCCUAUGUGAAAUUGCUUUCAAAAACCCCUGAGCUGAACCUGGAUCAGUUCCAUGACAAAACUCCAUAUACAAUUAUGUUUGGCCCUGACAAGUGUGGAGAGGACUACAAAUUGCACUUCAUCUUCCGACACAAAAACCCAAAGACUGGCAAAUACGAGGAGAAGCACGCGAAGCGCCCGGAUGCAGACCUGAAGACUUACUUUACUGACAAGAAGACUCAUCUUUAUACUCUAGUCUUGAAUCCUGAUAAUAGUUUUGAGAUACUGGUUGAUCAAACAGUUGUCAACAGUGGGAAUUUGCUAAAUGAUAUGACUCCCCCUGUGAAUCCUCCCCGAGAGAUUGAGGACCCAAACGACCAGAAGCCUGAGGACUGGGAUGAGAGACCAAAGAUCCCAGACCCAGAUGCUGUUAAACCAGAUGACUGGGAUGAGGAUGCUCCCGCAAAGAUCGCGGACGAGAACGCUGUGAAACCAGAGGGUUGGCUGGAUGAUGAGCCAGAGUAUGUGGCAGACCCUGAUGCUGAGAAACCUGAAGAUUGGGAUGAAGAUAUGGAUGGAGAAUGGGAGGCACCUCAGAUUGCAAACCCUAAGUGUGAAGCAGCCCCUGGCUGUGGUACCUGGCAGCGCCCAAUGAUUGACAAUCCAAACUACAAGGGCAAAUGGAAGCCUCCUAUGAUUGAUAAUGUGAACUAUCAGGGUAUCUGGAAACCUAGGAAGAUCCCAAAUCCAGAUUUCUUUGAAGACUUGGAACCUUUCAAGAUGACUCCCUUCACUGCUGUCGGGCUUGAGUUAUGGUCCAUGACAUCUGACAUCUUCUUUGACAACUUUAUCAUCUGUACUGAAAGAGCUGUGGCUGAUGAUUGGGCCAGUGAUGGAUGGGGACUGAAAAAGGCAGCAGAUGGUGCUGCAGAGCCUGGUGUCGUGGGCCAGAUGAUGGCAGCUGCUGAGGAGCGUCCCUGGCUUUGGGUGGUCUACAUCCUCACUGUGGCUUUGCCAGUGUUUCUUGUUGUCCUUUUCUGCUGCUCUGGGAAGAAACAACCAAGUGCUGCUGAAUACAAGAAGACUGAUGCUCCUCAGCCUGAUGUGAUGGAUGAUGAGAAAGAGGAAGACAAAGACAAAGGGGACAAGGAAGAGGAGGAGGAAGAGGAAGCAAAUGAGGAUAAGCUAGAAGAGAAGCAGAAAAGUGAUGCUGACUUAGGAAGUGCUAGUCAAGAGGAGGAGGAAGAGGAAGAAGACAGGAAAGCUGCAUCAGAGGAGGAGGAAACUGUGAAUAGAUCACCCAGAAACAGAAAGCCAAGGAAAGAUUGAAAAAAAAAAAAAAGUCAUAAGAACUUGAUCUGUGAUUUAUUUUUUUUUCCUGUUGUUUUCAAACAUGGUUCUGGGAGAGGACCUUGGACACCUUACAUUGAAACUUGGACAAACCUCAAGAUUUCACCAUCCACAGGUUCCAGUCACACUAUCCAAUGUAAUGGAGUGUCUAGCAGUAAAAUAUUUGCAGUCAUCUGUUUUAAAGAACAUCAUUCCUGUAGAAAGAAUGCAUUUAAUAUAAUGGGCUGUGGAUUUUGGAAUGUAACAUAACUAACCUGUUCAUUUUUGGUUUUAAAUAUUCUUUUCUGUUUCUAAGUAGAUUGGUAGAAUUUUUCUGGUCUCAAACCUUGGCUUAAUUUAAUAUAUUAAUUAGUGAAAUAUAACAAUGAACCUUGAAAGUGCUAGGUGAUAAAAAUGCAGUUUUAUAACUAGUUUUUUUUACAAUAUGUAAAUUCCUAAAUGCACCAAUGUCUUUAUAUCCCUUAAAAUUUGGGAAUUGUUUAAAGAAAAGUUGUCAGUGUAUUUGACAACUCCUCUGCCCUCAACAGAACAGUCAGGGGGAUGUGUGAGCAAACCAGUAGUGAAACUCUCUAAUCAAUCAACUUCAUUCUUUUGGGGGGAGGGGAAGGAGGAAGAAGGGGUGGAAGGAAGGGUUAGGCAGCCUAUAGAAUAUGCAUACUGUGCAUGGCUAAAGCCCUGGUAAGUGUUGGCAAACAGUCUAGGAUUUGGUUUGGAUCAUCUCAAAGUGGCAUUUGAUCCUGCAGACAUGGCAGAUAAGCAGUUUUGUUUGUUCUUGUGUUUUUUGUGAAGUUGAUGGGUUGCUGGGGAGGUGUGGUUAGGCUACUUCCCCCUUUCCCCUCUGUUCAGCCACCAGUGCUUUCCUCUCUCUGUGUCAGCUCUUCCUGAGUGCAGCUUUGCCUCAGCUGCUGAAGCACUUCAUGUUCAGCUCAUUGUCAAACUCGAUUUCAUAGCUAGGCCUACUCCUUUCCAGGGUCCAAACACUGAACAGGACAGUGUCCCAUAUCCUCUCACUAUUGUCACUUAUGUCUACUGUAGAAAGGGGGGGAGGUAGGCAGGUAGACAAGUUGAACUGAGUAUUUAAGGAGAAAAAAAACCCACAACCAAGAUGUCAGUAUUGUAGGUGGGGAAGGAGCAUGUGGAAUAUCUUAACUGGUAUGUGAAACUGUUUGAGUCAUUUAUCUGCUCUUCAUGUAACAAGUGCAUUCUAAAUUAUAUUGUGAAUGUUAGGGAGUUCCAAUUCCAGUUGAAUAAAUUUUUUUAAAGCAUUGAGUCUACCAUAUGCUACUGUUUCAAACACUUGUGUGGAAUGCAGGUGACCACUACAAGAGCAUUUACCUCCGAGGGUGAAAUCCAUGUAAUCCAUAACACUGUACCAAAUAUGUUGGCGUUUGGAUGUCUAUAUAGAUACAUUUUUGCCUUUGUUUAGAGUGAAAUUAAAUGUUCUGAAAUUACUCUUCUUGCACUGAAUUUAAAACACUCCAGUGUUGUUUGGUUAUAGGAUAGGUAUAGUGUGGGGAAUAACUCCCAGGGGUUGGGGAGGGAAGAAUAUUCCAAUUUCCUUGCAAACAAUCUAACCAAUUACUAAAAGACUCUUGGGGGUUUGGUUGUUCUUUUUUUUUUUUUUUUUUUUUGGUAAAACACCUUUUGCUGCCUGUCCUUAUGUUGUAUCCCUUGGUUGUUGUGUUUGAAAUAUUAGUGAUCACAAAUGCAUAGCAGGAUUUCUUGAUCUUUCUGCAGUGUGCAAAUAAACUAUUGUAAGCAAGAUCCUGGAAGUAAUUUCAGACUUCUGUUGGGAGCUAUUGCAUGUUUAGAAUGCCUUUGCCUGUUGAACACCUGGUAAAUUCUGCUCCUUAUUGCAAAAAUAGCUUAUACUCUGACAUGGAAGAUGUCACAGCUUAAGCAUUGCUACUAGCUUGUUCUCAGGACUGUAUUUUUAUCAAGGAGCAGCUGCUAUUUAUGACUCUCAGUCCUUUGAGAUGAAGUAUGUGUAAAUGGUUUCAAUUCAGCUAACAUUUUGAGCACAACAUAAAAAAAUCUAUUAAUCUAAUGUUUUUUAUCUUAAUCUGCAAAUUGCCUUAAACUCCCAAACAAUUCCUGUGCAUACAUGUUCUUUCAAAGCAUCAAACGUGAACCUGAGAUCUGCUAUCAGCUUUUAAAUAGUAUUAUAUUAAAGCUAAUUGUAAAUCUACAUUUGCUUCUGCUAAAUCUCCUGAAAAAGUCUCCUGUCUGCAUGUUAUGCCUUUUCUUUUUGAUACCAUAGUGUAUGCUUUAAAUAAUCACUACAAUAAAUGAAGACUUUCCAAAAUGGA